AUGGAAAAUUUAAAUAAUGAUAAUGUAAAUGUAAAUACUGAUAUUUCAAAUAAAAAUAAUUGUGAAGAGAAAAGUGAUGAAUUAAAAAAUAAUGUUGAAGUUUUUAAUAUUGCCGAAGGUGAAGAAUGUAAUUUAAAAAAUGAUGAUGAACAUAUUUCUCAACAAGG